UUGCCACAUUCCCCAGCAAGUGAGCUCAGCUGUUCGCGCAGCCUCUCUCCUUUUAUGGUCAAACAAGUUUGCCUGGGCGAGGCUUUUUUCGCGAGUUUGUAGGAAGCGCUUGGGCUCAGCAGCUCCCCCACCUUUCGCUUGUGCUGCCUUUCCCGGCCGGCGGGCUGAGGCUGCGCCCCUGCGGGGGAAGAGGAGCCCGGCCCCAGCCCCGGGGGUGGCAUUUCUCGCUCUUCCGAGCUCCGGAUUCAGAGGUGCCGAGAAGAUGGCCUCCCCGGGUUCCCCAGGGGUCCGCAUGACAUCCACAGUCACUAUCAACAUUUCUACUCCUUCCUUCUACAAUCCGCAGAAGAAGUUUGCACCUGUGGUUGCCCCUAAACCCAAGGUGAACCCCUUCAAGGCUGGGGGUGCAUCAGAGUCGUCACUGCCCCCACCUCCUGGAGCUGGUGCCCAGCGUGCUCAGAUAGGGAAGGUGGGGGAGAUUCCACCAGCGUGCAUGUCCCUGCCAGCAGAAGAGCUGCCACUGCCACCCCCUCCCCCACCUGGAGAAGAGGCAAGUUUCUCCUCGAACUGUGCUUUUCCCCCACCUCCACCACCGUUUGAAGAGCCUUUUCCACCAGCCCCAGAAGAAGUUUUUCCUUCUCCUCCUCCGCCUAUGUUUGAUGAAGGGCCUGUGAGCAUUGUACCUGACCCACAGGUACGUGGCAAGAUGAGCAGCAUUGAUCUUGAGAUUGACUCACUGUCCGUAAUGUUGGAUGACAUGGAGAAGAAUGAUCCCUUCAAAUCCCGGGUAUCUUCAGGAUCCACAGGUUUGCUGGAGAAGCCAUUGGUCCCAAAGCCACAUGUGGAAAUACCAUCUGCACCUAGAGAUGCUCCUCCUUCAUUUCCUUCCAAGUUCACUCCAAAGCCGAGUGGAAGCUUACCCUUCAAGCCCCCUGGAGUGGAUUUGACCCCUGCCCCGAGCCCAUGGGCAGCCCCACAGCAACACAAAGAACCCCUUGUACCAGUCCCUCCACCUCCCUCUCUCCCUCCUGUUCAGCCUACCCCUAAAUUCACCCCACCCUCUGUUGCUGGCUCUCCUAAGUCUGGGUCCAAAUCAGGUGCCAAUGUUCCCAUGACCCACUCAAACUCUACAAGAUAUCCUGCCUCCCUUCAGACUCAGUUCACAGCCCCUUCACCUCCAGAGCCUGCCUCUCGACCACAGCCUCCCAAUUUCACCUACGCCCAGCAGAGGGAAAAACCCCAAAUGAAGGAGAAGCUGUGUCCCACAGAACAACCUACUGCUGCAAAAGACAUGCAUAGACCCACAGGCUCCAGUACGGAUCCACCUAGGGGAAAUUCCUGUCUGACCAUGAAGGAGGUAGAAGAGCUGGAGAUACUGACCCAGAAACUAAUGAAGGAUAUGGAGCAUCCACCCCCAGCCGAGACUUCCACUUCUGAGCACUGUGGCUUCUGCCGUAAGCCACUAUCAAGAACCCAGCCAGCUGUGAGAGCCCUGGACUGCCUCUUCCAUGUGGAAUGCUUUACCUGCUUCAAAUGUGAGAAGCAGCUGCAGGGGCAGCAGUUCUACAAUGUGGAUGAGAAGCCUUUCUGUGAGGAAUGCUAUGCUGGGACCUUGGAAAAGUGCAGCAUCUGCAAACAGACCAUUACAGACCGGAUGCUGAAGGCCACUGGCAACUCGUACCAUCCCCAGUGCUUCACCUGUGUGGUGUGUCAUACCCCUCUCGAGGGCACCUCUUUUAUUGUGGACCAGGCCAACCAGCCUCACUGUGUGGAUGACUACCACAGGAAGUAUGCUCCACGCUGCUCAGUCUGUAGUGAGCCUAUCAUGCCAGAGCCUGGAAAGGAUGAGACAGUGCGUGUGGUGGCACUGGAGAAAAAUUUCCACAUGAAAUGUUACAAGUGUGAGGACUGUGGGAAGCCCUUGUCCAUUGAAGCAGAUGAGAAUGGGUGCUUCCCACUGGAUGGCCAUGUGCUGUGUAUCAAAUGCCACACUGUUCGUGCCAAAGCAGCACGCUGAGGAGCUCGGAGACAGACCCCUGCACUCAGCAUUCUUCCCUUCCCCGCAUUGUCCUAUCCUUCUGCCUGACAAGGCAGAUUGCUACCAAUGGAUACUAUGCCAGUGCAGUUCUUUACUCAUGUAGGAUUCACAGCUCCUAGACUUCGCUCUGCACACCCACCAAGAGAGAACCUCUUCUCCCGUUAUCACUUCCCAGCCACAGUGUAUUCCAGGGUGGGGGCUAUGAUCAAGCUGAGUGCACAAUCUCUGUUCCCUCAAGACUGAAGGAGAAGGAGCAGAUCUCCACCACUGCCUGGUGGAAAUAGCAAGAGCAGCCUGGUGGCAGGUGCUGGGAAGGUCUGAGUGUUCUUCUGUUACUUGGAGCUAAGAAUGAUGAUUUGACCUUAGAAGGUAGAAGUCUCCAUCUUGGCACCACUUCUGUCUUCAAUUUUAUAUUUGUUUCUUGUGCCACCUCCUUAUCAGGAUGUCUUUCCCCUGCUUUCUCCCUCGCUCCUGGGUUACAGUGUGGAGACAGAACAUAUUUGAAAUCUCUGUUACUGUUGCUGGAUAAAGCUAACCUACUACAGCAUUUCUGUCUGUAAUGGAUUUUAAAUGGCUAACUCUCUUGUCACUUUUUUUUCCUUAGCCAGAUUAAACUGGCAGUCUUUGGAAUCCUGCUGUGUCCCUGAGUUUGGAAACUUUUUUUUAAAAAAAUCUUUUUCCCUCUCCAAAAUGAGUUCUUUCCCAGUGUGGUUUCUGGAUAGCCAGGCUGGGCACCAGAGUAGCAAAGCAGUCCAAAGAAUGCAUGUUUACAAUUAAAGACUGUUGUAAGGACAGGCAGCACAAGGUGAUGAGGCGUUUCAGUGCAUGGAUGAGGAUUCAGCAGAGUGAGGAACAUCUUCCCAUUCCAACAGGGAUUCAUUCCCUGCUGUCAGUGAAAACUACAGUAUAACUGCAGUACUGUUUGGCUCUAAGUGUAACUGCACUGAGCCCCAUUUCCUGGACUAGAAACUCAAACUGAACAAACCUUUUUUAAUAACUACACUGUCCAACCACUGUUUGCAUUCAAUAAAAUGUGGGGUUUUUCCAUUAA